CAGCAGCAGCAGCAACAAUCAGCAACAUCAGCGCCCUGUGUGCACCGACAAUAAUAUGAGGAGUGGCAGUUCGGAAUUACUACUCGAGCAGCAACAACAAGAGCUACGGUUACGUAAAAUCCGAGAACUGGCUCCGAAAAAGAAAAAUGGCAAUCGGCGCUUUCGUUCGUGGCGGGAACGUGCGCGUUUCUAUGGCACCUCGACACUGGCCUUCUUCUCGGUGACCGCCGGCGCCUCGCUGCUCUUCCUCGUACCGCUCUACGUCGAUCCGGCCAUAUCGACGCUGAGCCACGACUUUAUCGAGAAGCCCACGCUGUGCACGACGACGCGUCGCGAGGAUCUCGUGGGCAUCUUCAACUGCUCGUGGAGUUCGUGUCGCGAGGGGUGCACCUCCGAUUUGUACCGCUGCGUUCAUAUCUAUGUGACGUUUGUCGAGCAGAACAUUACGAUACCAGAGAACAUGACCGACUACAGCAACUUCACGUCGGACUUGGAGCAGUCCGGCGAGGCGACGCUCCUCGUCAACAUCAAGGGAUGCGGCUAUCCGCCGUCGGUCACGUGCAAGAACUUCAACGGGUACUACGGCAUCGAGGGCGCCAUCUUCCCGUGCUUCUACUCGCGCAAGAACAAGACGGUGGUGCUGACGUCCUACAACCACGACGACCAGGUGGCCGUGAUCAUCCACUUCUUCGCGGUGCCCUUUGUGAUAACGGUCAUCUCGUCCAUCGCCCUCUGCAUCAUGCACUGCGACUGCCGCUGCAAGAAGGAUCGCAGCCACCGCCGCAAUCGGCCGCAGUGCCGAAGGCCGCGCAUCGAGAAUCUCAGUGAUACUUCGAUAUCAACGCGAGUGGAUAUGCUCACGCCUGCUAUUGAAGUCUACAAGCCGCCCCUCUGACACAAGGACGACACUGUGGAGAGCAAUCUAGGGAAUCCCUCGACGAGUAGCGACUUCUAGCAGAACCUGAUACGGAACCCUGCGGAACUAGCCAAGGAUACUCUAUUUGUUCUUCCAGCAUAGUGUCUACCCAAUCGAACUUCGAACGGAUGUGGAAGAUGGGCGGAGAUGGCCAAAGAGCUCGAGACACGACGACCGACACUAUCAGAGGUUUUAGUGCAACUAGCAGAACAGAAAUGAAUCAGAUUAAUGUGACACAAGCGAGCACACACAUAAAUUAAUAAUUGAUCCAACUGAAUAAUUCCUAAGAUUGAUUAAAUUUAGUUACUUUUUAGCGUAAAUGAUUUUUAAACCAGCCGACGGAGACGGAGAAACCAACAGAAGUGUUAAUCGGUUAAUAAAAUAAAUCGAAGUCUAGUUCUAAGCUACGGCAGUGGCAUGUGUAUUUGUAUCUCUAGCCGCGUAUGCAAUAUACAUGUGUAUAUGUGUGCCUGUACGAAUUCGAAUAUGCAAAUUUGGCAAUGUGUAAAUUUAGUUAAAAUGAUUCCAUUACGGAUGGAAAGCAAAGGCAAAAUGAGACAAAAAAAAAAAACAAACCACUAAACAGAAAAUGCAAUGAAUAAUUUUUGUACUGCUGAAAGAGAAACCAAACGGAAAACAGAAUAUUAACGUUAAGUGUACAAUUUUGCAUUAGGUAAUGAAUAAGUUUGUAAUGCAUUAGUAAUUAAAUACAAUAAAAUGUUCAGCUAAUCACGAGGAAAGCAAAAGCAACCCAAACUACAAAUGCAACCAUAAAUAAAGUUACGAAAAUGCAAUUGGAAAUUCAAAUGAAAAUUCGGCCAGCGGCAGAAAACAUUUUACGCUUCGGUUAAUCGCUCCACACAGAAGUAGACUCGCCACGCCACGCCUCAUUUUAUAGAGAAACCGCCCACAUUUUGUAACACCCACGACCGACCAUCAAUCGCUUUUGGUUUUGCUGUAGAAAUCGGUAUGAAGUUCGUCUUAGACGACAUUCGUAUGCCCUUCACAAAGUGCCCCAAGUUGAGAGAAUUUGGUCAAAUUUCAGUCAUGAAAUUUUUCGUAUUUGCGUUACAGUUAUUGUUGUUUUUUUUUUUUGGAGAAAACCGAAUCUUUGUCAUGUAGUAAAAUGUAAAGGUUUAAAUGUUUAAAAUAUAAUUCAAUAAUCAACGUUUUUUGACUGUGAUCAUUUGAAUGAUAUAUAGAGAAAUAUGAUAUUAUUGAGUAUUGUUGUUGACAACAAAAAAUUACGAAAAGCAAUUAUGUAACUUCUCGGUCUUGAUUCAAUCACUAAUCACCAAUCAACCAGCACGCCAGAGCACAUUUCGCAUAGAAGUUUCUACGAUUCCCCAUCAGUGUAGGUGUACUGUAGUUAGAUAACUCCCCGAUAAUCCCACCCUCUUAACACUUUGACAUUAUUAUGAUUCUGUUUCAUUUCGAGGCCGAUCACACACACUCACUCACAUUCGUGCUUGACAAUAUUUAAUUUCCAAAAGGAGUUUUUCAAUCAUUCCAUCACUGGCACAUCUCACCGGACAGGACAUGCUGCGCCCAAUUUGUAACUAAACCGCUUAUUCUGUUCCACAUUGAGAUACAGAGGCUUUGGACGAGGAGAGAUUAGGAGAUAUUGAAUGUUAACAUUUAUUUGUAUAAGCUGCAGAACAUUGUUGGAAUUAGAGGAACCUGCAUAGUUUUUUGAUAUUCAUGUAGAUACAUGUAAAUGCCACUCACUAAACUUAAGGAGAUAGCUACCGAUGGCAUCAAGGAUAAUUGCAUUAUAUUUGUAAUAUCAAACUGUUCAUAGUUAAGACAAGGCAAGCCACAGGAAAAACAAUUAACGGAGAACACAAAUAACAACAAAUGUAUAUAAGCUGACUAGAAAAUUGGUAAUAGAAACAUUUGAAAACGAACUCAAAUGAGACAAAUGAAGCUACAACAAAGUGCAUAUAAUUUUGAUAGUUAAGAUAAUUUUAAUACAUUUUUUAAGACACAGCAAGAGGGCAAAGGUACUACGAUAAGGAAACCAAAUAGGAAAAUUAAAACCAACUGAGGAGAAGCCGUGAAAAUUAUUCCAUUUUUACACACCCUCAAGCAGGGCUCGUUAAUUGGUUUUGUUGUUACAGUAAAUAAUGCAAUAAACAUUCGCGUAUUUCUUACUAUUAUUGUUAUUAUAAUUGUUGUUAUAAAGGAAAUUUGAAUUUGAGAAUUGCACAAUGAUUUUUUAUACACCGCAAAUUGGCUUUGUCAGUGCAAGGAAAUUCGUUUUACAAAUUCGAUCAACUUGAAAGCAUGUCUGGCAUUUAAAGCGGACACCACACGCAUUGAACAAUGGACAUUAAUUUAUACAUAUAUAAUGACGAGAGAAAUAAUGGAAAAUAAUAGAACUAGAACGCAUAUUGAAUAAUAAAUGAGACAUACAUAUUAUUGAAAGAAAUUAAAAAGAAAACAUAACAAAACAGA